AUGUGGCUUCUUGGAUCAGCUUCCCAGGUGAUGAUGAUGAUGGAUGAGCGCCUGUCUCCCUCCGCACGCUCCGUCCAGAGCCCGGGUGACAACCCGGCCACAAUCCACAGCAUAGACGCCAUACUGGGAUUUAAAGAGGACCAGCUCUUCCACAAGUCGGCCUGCUACGGCGUGACGGAUAAGGUCCUGGUGAAAGAUGCUGAGCGGAAUGUCAUUAUGUCUCCACUGAAGAAAAGUCAUUCUUCAGAAAGUUUUGACAGUGUUUGUUGUUCCGGCGGCGCCGCGGAAGCCUCGGUGUGCCCGGACUCUCCGGACGGCAAACUGUCGGAUGACGAUAACCCGAAGAAGAAACACCGUCGGAACCGGACUACUUUCACCACCUUCCAGCUCCACGAACUGGAGAGAGCUUUCGAAAAGUCCCAUUACCCGGAUGUGUACAGCAGAGAGGAGCUCGCUCUGAAGGUCAACCUGCCGGAGGUCCGAGUGCAGGUGUGGUUUCAAAACCGACGGGCCAAGUGGCGUCGCCAGGAGAAGCUGGAGGUGAGCUCCAUCAAGCUGCAGGAAACCUCCUCCUCCCUGCUCUCCUUCAGCCGCUCCAGCAGCUCCCUGGGCUCCAGUCUGCAGCUGGACCCCUGGCUCUCCACCUCCCUCACCACCUCCACCUCCCUGCAGUCCCUCCCCGGCUUCAUCACAGGCUCGCAGGGCCUCCCGGGCACUUACACCCCCUCUCCUCCACCCUCAAUGGCCUCUUCCAUGCCGGCUUCCUUCCUGGGACACAGCCAUCACCUGCCCCACAUGGGCUCCAUGUGCCCCCCGCCCCCCGCCUACCACUGCUCUGCUGACCCCAGGAACACCAGCAUUGCUUCACUGAGGAUGAGGGCAAAGGAACAUAUUCAGUCUAUUGGGAAGACGUGGUGA